UUUAGAAAGAUGCGUUAUACGUUGCAAGCCUGUAGCUUUCUCUUCAUUUUGCAGGUUCUCCGUCUAAGCCGAGCAGAUAUAUCGAAUGUAACAAGUGGAUUUGUCAUCAAUCUAAUCGCUUCAGACUUGCAACGCUUUGAGAAAACGGUUGUGCACGCAGUAUAUAUAAUUCAAGCCACUUUGGAGGUGUGUAGUAUCUCGUUUUUAAUGUACUACUUGUUUGGCUUUAGACCCUUGACUGGCGUGCUGUUUCUAUUGACCGUUGCACUGUAUUAUGGUAUGAUGGGAAAAGCUUGCGCUAUGUUAAGAUCAAAAAUUUCAAAAAUGGCAGAUCAGCGUGUUAAUAUCAUGAACUCCAUCAUCUCUGGAAUUCGCACGGUCAAGAUGUAUGCCUGGGAGUGCCCAUUCAUGGAAAGAGUGCAAAGGAUACGAAGCCAGGAACUCAAGCUAAUCAGAUGGAAAACCAUAAUACAGGCAACCUUUGCAUCUCUUCACUACACGUGUACACCAGUAGCUGCUUUCAUCUCCUUGGUUACCAUGGCAGCCAUGGGGACUGAACUCACCUCAUACAAUACUUUCAUGAUUUUAUCGAUGAUAAGUAUGCUUAGGAUUACAAUCUCAUGGAACUUUUCUGAUGGUGUGAACGUUUUAGCAGAUUUUUUAACAGCCUUGGGUCGUAUCCAGGGUAUACUUGAAUAUGGCGAUGACAACAUACACCAAUACCUACAGGACACUUUCGCUAAAAGUAGAAAAGAGAAGUUUCACAGUACACACUUCGCCAACAGUAUUGAUUCUGCAGGCUUUGAUGAAAUCACUGAAAAUGAUGUUCACCAUCACAAAAAUUCCACCAUUGUGAUGGAAAAUGUCGUCUGCAGUUGGAAUGGCAAUUGGAAUAUACCCUGUUUGAAAUCUCUGAAUUUGUCAGUAGACAAAGGUGACUUGGCUUUUAUCACUGGUCGGGUUGGUGCUGGAAAGUCAUCUUUACUGUAUGCCAUUCUACGUGAAAUUCCUCUCAUCAACGGCAAAACAUCGAGUGUUGGAAAAAUAGCCUGGGUUGGUCAGCAGCCCUGGGUGUUCUCUGGUACCGUGCGGGACAAUGUGCUGUUUGGCGAGCCAUUUGACCCGAAAAGAUACGAUUUGACAUUACACGUCUGUGACCUGAUCAAAGACUUGCAAAGGUUUCCAGAUGGUGACAUGACUGUUGUUGGAGAACGUGGGACAGUCCUGAGUGGUGGUCAGCAGGCUCGUGUUGAAUUGGCACGCGCAGUGUAUUCCAAUGCAGAUAUCUAUCUACUGGAUGAUCCACUGAGUGCAGUGGACUCAAAGGUGGGGCAUGAUAUCUUUGAAAGGUGCAUCAAUGGCUUAUUGGACAACAAAACUCGGCUGAUGAUCACUCAUAACCUCGCGGUCCUGCGUGAUGCUAAACACAUUGUAGUAAUGGAAGAAGGCUCCAUUUCGGCAAAAGGCCGCUUUUCGACAUUAUGUGCAUCUGGUUUUGACCUAGAUGCCAUCGUCCAAGGUGCUGGACAGAACCCUGUUACUGCGCAGAUGGAAAAGCGACUAAGUCAGGGCAUAUUGGAGAAUGAAGUUAAGUCAGAGCAAGAAUAUGCCAGACUGGAAAUUGCUGAAGAAGAUCGCGUGAUUGGUUCUGUAUCGUGGAAAUUAUACUGGCACUACAUCCAAGCUGGACUGCACUGUAUUCUGGCUAUAGCUUUGGCUACUUUUUUCUUUAUCGUUCAAGGUUGGUUGAUGUGCUUAGCCUAAAAAGCUCUUUAUACUUUUGUUCUUUUUCUACUGUUAAUUUUCUUGGUUUAUUUUUUGUUUUUUUUUUUAGGAUCGCUCAUACUUCCUGAUUGGUGGCUACUUCAUCUGACACGUCAAUCACAUGACCGGCAGCAGCAGACGGAGAAUCUCUACGUCUAUGGUGGACUGGUGGCUGCGGCAUUAAUUUUGUCAAUCAUCAGAGCGGGAGCAUUUUUCAACGCAGCGAUAAACUCCUCGAAGCACCUUCACAACUCGAUGCUACUAGCAGUCUUAAAAGCUCCGGUUUUGUUCUUCGACACUAAUCCUGUUGGACGAAUUUUAAACCGGUUUUCUCGAGAUAUUGGCAUCAUGGAUGAGUUGUUACCAGAUAUUUUCAUGGAAGCUGUACAAGUGGUUCUGUUCUGUAUUGGAGCAGUUGUUCUUCCGUCCAUCCUAAACCCCUGGAUUAUCCUGCCGGCCACCCCGCUCAUUAUCAUUUUUAUUCUGCUUGGGCGUUAUUAUCUCACAACGGCACGUGAUGUGAGGCGACUGGAAGGAAUAAAUCGAAGCCCAGUCCUUUCUCAUUUUAGCGACUCGUUGAUGGGAAUGGUGACUGUUCGGGCGUAUAAGAGGGAAGAUGCAUUUCUUAAAACGUUGUACAGGUUUGAAUUUAUAAUUUUCCUAUUUUUGUCUUUGUAAAACAUAUGUAGGGGUAUCGAAUGGUCCCAUUCAAU